GACGAGGCUGCACGCAGACUAACUCAGCCUGUAUCCCUACUAUACACGGCUCUCUAGUAGGGCCCACACGCCCUGUUCCUGCUGUUGGACAUAGAUUGCUGCGCCUGUCGAAAACAUGUUCCAACAAAGCCGGCAAUGACCACUUCUUUCCCGAUCAAGGUGCCCAACUCCGAUUCAGAACCUAUGGAGCUAGUAUCAAUAAUGCCUGUCGAAGAACUCGAGUUGCACCAGCGGCGCAGUAUAGAAAGCAGUCACCCGUCUCCGGCUCAGGCCGUUGAUCCUGCUUUCGAAUCGGAGACGACAUCACCGAGCACAGUAAAGCAGCAGCCCGAGACUUCGAAUACUGCGUCGGAUGCGCCUUCCCAGCCUGCUGUAACGGAACUCCUGGCCGAAGUCACUCCUGGUACAGCAGACAACCCUCUCGAUCGGAAGGCACUCAUUUUGCUUCUCGUUCAACACUUCUCAAGCUCCUGGGGAUCGCGGACAGCCGAAUUUGCAGUGUACCUCUUCCUGAUUACGCUGUUCCCCAACUCUCUGCUGCCUGCCUCUAUAUUCGGCUUCCUGACCACAGGGUCUGCUGUCGUUCUGUCAGGGUGGGCUGGACACCAAGUCGACAUCCGCAACAACCUACAAAUAGUGCGGUUUUCCAUCAUCGCCGUCAAGGUAUCAGCAUGCGGCGCGUACGUGGGCUCCCUGGUCUUGUUCUACCAUCUCGGAACGGAGGAGCAAUUGACGCGUAAAUGGUCAACUCCACUGGGCGCAGCGAUGUUCGCCCUCAUAGUCAUAUGUGGUUGCAUCCAGAAUCUUUCCGGAGUCGCGCUGUCCGUCGCAAUUGAGAGGGACUGGGUGUCGAUCAUCGCACAGGGGUCAUCGGAGCAUCUCACUCUGAUCAAUACGUACAUGCGGCGCAUUGAUCUGCUAUGCAAGCUGCUUGCGCCGCUAUUCGUCUCGCUGCUCACCAGCGUGACCUCGAACGUUAUCGCUGCGUAUUGUCUCUGCGGCGUGGAAGCGGGAUGCAUUAUAUUCGAGCUGCUGUGGAUUGACAUCGUCUAUCGGCGAUUUCCCUCUUUGCAGGCCGCACAAGCUGAGAAGAAGGCACAGGUUCGUCACAGCCGGUUGGCCUCUGGCGUACUGGGCCACCUCGUCAAUAUAUCCCGAUCCUACCUCCGCGACAGCUUAUCCGACUGGCGGGAAUUUGUUCAACAUCCAAUCUUCCUGUCCUCGGUCUCCAUUUCAUGCCUGUACUUCACUGUCCUCAGCUUUGACGGAACGAUGAUCAGCUACCUCAAGUCCGAAUCCUACACUGAUCCUUUCAUCGCCGGCAUGCGAGGUCUCAACGUCGUAGCUGGGCUCCUUGGAACGAUGGCCAUGCCGUUCUUGGAGAGAAAACUCGGUCUUGUGCGCGCUGGGAAUUGGAGUAUAUGGUCGGAAGCCAUUUGUCUGCUUCCGGUAAUAAUAUCAUUCUACGUCGGCGGCGGUCUGCCAAAUGCUCACGGUCCGGCCUGGAAAUCGGCACUGCUAUUCGGAGGGAUGAUGCUGUCUAGGAUAGGACUCUGGGCCUUCGAUCUGUGCCAGCUGAAGGAAUUGCAACUGGCAUUGGCGUCGCAUCCGAGGCGAAACGCGAUAUCUGCACUGCAAUACUCCUUGCAGAAUAUCGCUGACAUGCUGAAGUACGUCCUUACGAUGAUACUCUCGCGGCCGUCUCAGUUCAGAACCGCUGCUCUCACCUCAUUUGUGAGUGUGGUCGUUGGCGCCACGACCUAUUUGGGCUACGUCAGGAGGGAGCGUGGUCACAUCCUGCACAACCACUUUGGCGAUAAGAUCCCACUCCUUGGCAGACGGAGAUCAGAUUGAAUUGCAAUAUACGCCUUUAAGAGUUA